AUGUUUGGAUCAUCACUUGGUGCAUCAUCGAGUCCCAUUUUCUCAUUUAGUUCAUCUGCAACGACUACUUCCACACAGCCUGUUUUUGGUAAUCCUAGUCCUGGCUUCUCAUUUGGUUCAGCUGCUAAUAAUGAUCAGAUGAGUAUGGAAGACAGCAGGGCAAAGGACCCAGUUCAAUCACCUUCACCUCUGACUCCUGCGACUCCUGCAUUUGUUCAACAACCUGCCCCUCCUCAACCAAAGUUUGUUUUUGGAACACCAUCUUCAUCGGGAGUUGGUCCCUUCCAGCUUGGAACUCAGCAGAAUAUUCCUCCACAGAACCCAUCCCCAUUUCAGGCUUCUGGCAGUCUAGAAUUCAAUGGUGCAGGUAGUUUCUCACUUAGGACUGGUGGUGGUGACAAUGCUUCAUCUGCUAGCACUCCCAUGUUUGGAUCUUUGACUUCUGUUGCUUCAAGUAGCACACCCAUGUUUGGAUCAUCACUUGGUGCAUCAUCGAGUCCCAUUUUCUCAUUUAGUUCAUCUGCAACGACUACUUCCACACAGCCUGUUUUUGGUAAUCCUGGUCCUGGCUUCUCAUUUGGUUCAGCUGCUAAUAAUGAUCAGAUGAGUAUGGAAGAGGACCCAGUUCAAUCAUCUUCACCUCUGACUCCUGUGACUCCUGCAUUUUUUCAACAACUUGCUCCGCCUCAACCAAAGUUUGUUUUUGGAGCACCAUCUUCAUCAGGAACUAAUCCCUUCCGGUUUGGAACUCAGCAGAAUAUUCCUCCACAGAACGCAUCCCCAUUUCAGGCUUCUGGCAGUGUAGAAUUCAAUGGUGCAGGGAGUUUCUCACUUAGGACUGGUGGUGGUGACAAGUCUGGUCGUAAAUUUGUGAAAGUCAGUAAAAAUAGGACGCGCAAGAAGUAAGACUUGCUCUAUUAAAAG